GAAAGUCGAAACACUCAGACAAAUCGAAAAUAAAAUGUACAUAUUUUUGUAUUUUUAAACAAUUUCGGCUUUGAAAAUGACCUUUUUGUAUGUUUGAAUGUGUUUCUCGGGUCCUUAAAUGCUACAUUAACCUAAGGAAACGUUAAAAAAGUACGCUAACCUAAAGCACCCAAACUUCUUAACAGUUCAGUCUGUUGUGUUUUUGUAGUAGUCAUUCAUAGUACGUCGUAAAUUUCUACAUUGAUACAUUGAGAUGUCAAGACAUGAAGGUGUAAGUUGUGAUUCUUGUGGUAAGAACAACUUCACUGGUAAAAGAUUCAAGUGUUUGAUAUGUUACGACUAUGAUCUUUGUGCACAAUGUUACGACAGUGGUGCCUCAACAACAAGACACACAAAGGAUCAUCCAAUGCAAUGUAUUUUAACAAGAAGUGAUUUUGAACUGUAUUAUGGUGGCGAAGCAUUGACAAUCGAUCAGCCACAGUCAUUUUGCUGUCCAUUGUGUGGCAAGCUUGGUUUUACGGAAAGUAACUUGAUAGAACAUGUUAUGGCUGAACAUCCGGAUUCUUCAACCGAGGUGGUUUGCCCAAUUUGUGCAGCACUACCUCGUGGUGAUCCAAAUCAUGUAACAGAUGAUUUUCUUGCUCAUCUAACUAUGGAACACAAGUCCCAAUCAAUACGCGAUUUCGAUGAACCUACGGGAAGUCGUGUGAGGCGGAUUCUUCAUGGUGGUAGAAGCCUGGGACCAGCUCGUACUCGACGCUCGACGGCCAAUCAGAACAUAGGAAACUCGUCUUCAACCACUCCCCAGCUUGUGCCUAACCCACCAUCUGUGCGCGAUACAAUCGACCCAAUAGCCGAACUUUUGUCGCAACUUUCCGGUGUGCGGCGAAGUGCGCAACAAUCCCAGCAGUCUGUGCAAUCACAACUGCAACUUUUACAGCAGCAACUGCAGUUCGAACGGCAACAAGUGCAGCAAACUAGAGAGAGAUUAGAAAGGUUGCCAAGAAGACCAAUGAAUACAACUGCGUCAGCGACAACGUCGACUACGCAGCCGACCUCGCGGAACGAAACUUCUAACAAUUCCAACUCGUCAUUUCUUUUAACAAGGUGUUGUGAUAACGAACUUAAAGAAAGCGAAGAAGUGGAUUUAGGGACGAGCGGAGCAAAUAGAAGUCUUUUCGUACAAGAUCUAAUCGUGUCGACUUUAAAAGGAAUGUCGCCCGAGGAUCUAAGCUCGAUAAACGACGAAAACUUACUAAAUUCGGCCUCUGGUAUUUCGGAUACUUUAGAAGGAGACGAUGGUAAAGGUGAACCCAGUAAACUUGCCGAAGAUUUAGAGCUAAUUAACUUAGACGAUGUGGAUGAAAAAGAUUUAUAACCCACAUAACUCCUACUUUGCUAGGAAUAUAGAAUUUGUUGUAGGGCAAUAAAGGAUUUUAUCGUUCUGGAAUACAGGAUAAAUAUACAGGAUACUCUUGUGUUAUAGGCAAUUCAAUCAAAUGACUUUUCUGCAUAAUCAUGCAGUCAGCGAAAUCUAUUUUCAUCAUAUUUAUCUGUCGAACUAGCGACUGUGGCACAUUCUUCUAGCCUGUCCUUGGCCAUUCGACAGCACAUAGAUUUUGACCGGUCGAGUUGCCUCUUGUGGCUUGGCCCUAUCCUGUAACGUUAAUAUAAAAAAUCGUGGUGAGAUUUAAAUUGUGACCAAUUAUAGGAAAAAACAUUCGAUUUUUGAAAAGAGUUUACGAUAGCUGUUUCAUACGAACUCCCCUCGUAAUUUUUAAUCAAAUGCUUAUUGCAAGCGAGGGAGUUUGAUAUUGUAUAAAUGAACUAUACACGAUUGUUGUAUUUUACUUUAAAUUACUGUGUAGAUGUUAGAUGUCAUUUAUACAGAUGUGUUGGAAUAUGAAAUGUCACGUGAACCUUGAUUCUCUGAGGUUUGAAACAUGUUUGAAGAGUAAUGUGGAAAUUUUGCGAGAGUUAAUCGUUGCAGGUUUUGAAAAAUACAUGAUUUUUAUGGAGAUACCAA